UAAUAAUAUUGUAUUAAAUUUGAAAACAUUUAAAACAAAAAAACAAAACAAACAAUCAAUCAAUUGAUUGAUUGAUUGAUAAUUUAAACAAUUGGUCCAUAAAAUUAUUGGAUCAGAUAAUCAUCGACAACAACAACAACAACGACAGUGAAGAAGAUGGCUAUCGGCGAUACGUUAACCACCACUGAUGACAACACCAACACGAAGACGUCACCGAAAACUAGCCAACGCUUCCCGAAUCUGAUAUUGUUGUCUACUAACGACCAGAUCCAGGAACUGCAGACCAUUAUCCGAGACAAGUCGACAUCGCGAAGCGAUUUUGUCUUCUACGCCGACCGACUGAUACGUUUGGUAGUCGAAGAAGGUCUCAAUCAGUUACCGUCGCAACCAAUAGACGUAUCGACGCCGACAAAUGCCGUCUACCGGGGCCUACAGUAUCUGAAAAGUAAUUGCGGUGUCAGUAUUGUCCGCAGCGGCGAAGCCAUGGAAAAAGGUUUGCGAGACUGUUGCCGAUCGAUACGUAUCGGCAAAAUACUGGUCCAAUCGGAUGAGGAGACACACGAAGCACGGGUAGUCUAUGCCAAGUUUCCCGAAGACAUUCAGAAACGUAAAGUACUGCUAAUGUAUCCGAUUAUGUCAACCGGUAAUACAGUGGUCCGGGCGGUCAAAGUACUUAAGGAACACGGAGUCAAUGAAAAGUCAAUUAUUUUGUUGAACUUGUUUUGUACGCCAAAUGCGGUUACAUCGGUGGCCAAAACUUUCCCGUCGAUGACUAUACUGACCUCCGAAGUACAUCAGGUGGCGCCCAAUCAUUUUGGACAAAAAUAUUUCGGUACCGAUUGAUAGCAAAUUAGACUAUAAAAGCAACAAAAAAUUAAAAAUAAAUUUUUUUUAACAAACAAUA